AAGAAGCAAUGGUCGUUUUUUAGUUUUUCUAUACAUGAAUGUAAAUAAAGAGUGUUUGGACAAAACGAUGUUACAGAGUCAGAUCUCCGCGAUCAUGGACGUGCUGGCGAAAGCGGCGGUGGCGGAGAUCAGUCAACUGCUGCAGGAGGAUUCUGCUGCUCUUCAUCAGGAGAUCCAGAGGAGAAACGAGGAGAUCCAGGGACUGAAGACUCGACUGCUCCUCACGGAGACUAAACUACAGAGAGUCACUGCGAACAGAUGCUCAAUCGGCGUUCAGGUGGAGAUGAUGAUGAUGGACACGAGUGUGAUGGCAGAUUUUGAAGAAUCGCACCAGGUAAAGGCCAUCGCAACUAGUCCAGUAAAGGAGAUCUCUGAGGAGAAACCGCUUUUUUCACAGACACAGGAGAUAAAUGUGCUCCAUCUGAAACGAGAGGAGACAACAGCACCCUUCAAACCCUCACAAGAGACGUCCCGAGCUCAGCAGAGCACCGCAGAGGAUGAAGAGUUCAGUGGACUGGAGCUUGAGAUGAAGAUCGAACAGGUGGAAGAACUUGUUGAUCAGAAACUGAAUCAAGUUCAAGCCGAGCACAGGAGCGAAGUGCAAAACCACUGUGGAAUAGAUGAUGGAGACUCUCAUGUAUGGUUGUCAGGAGGCGAUCCAGGCAAAGCGUUUGACGAUCCAGAGAGUCUUAUUGAUCCAGAGCAACAUUCCCAGAGUUUUACAGAUCCGUAUGUCUCGCAGGUGUUGAUGGAAGAGCCAAUGAGCUCUCAGUCGACGUCCGGUUUAUUCGGUUCUGGUGUUGUGCUGGAAAACGUGAGCUUUAAUGCAGCUCAAAAUAAAGACAUUGAAUACGGCUUGAAUCUUCUAAACGCUCCACGACAGAAUUCCCAUCAACCUUUACCCAGCGUAUCAGACUCAACAGCGUUCAGCCGACAUCUGCCUUUGAAUUCCUCCUCAAGUGUGCCUAAAACAACCACACAGAGUGUAUUUAUAGACCUUCCGCGACACAGCGCGAGGCCAAAACCGUUCCGAUGUGAAGAAUGUGGCAAACGCUUCACACAGAAAACACGACUGAUAACGCACAGGCGGAUACACACGGGCGAAAAACCCUUCCGUUGUCAGCUGUGUGGUAAGAUGUUCUCGCGACAGGACAGCUGUCUCAGACACGUACGUCUGCACAGAGAUGGUAAACGUGCACACGUAACUCUUUUAUCGUGAAUCGUGUUUAAAGUUCUUAGAAUUGUUACUUUGUUUAAAUGUUACAUUUUGUCCCAUUAAAUAUUCAUUUUGUAUCUCUGCUCUAAUGCUAAAAGGAAUAGUUCACCUGAAAAUGAAAAUUCUGUUAUCGUUUACUCGCCCUCAUGUUGUUCCAAACCCGUAUGAUCUUCUCACUUCUGUGGAACACAUAAGGAGAUGUUUUGCAGAAUGUUCACGCUGCUCUUUUCCAUGCAACGACUGUGAAGGUGGACGGAUGAUGACAAGCUCCAAAAAGGACAAAAUACCACAAAAUAACUACACAAGUGUGAAUGUGAGUGAAUGAUGACAGAAUUUAAACUCUUGGGUGAACUGUCCCUUGAAGUGCCGGUAUAUACACUAGAGGUGUAACGGGUCAAAUUUCUCACGGUUCGGUUUGUAUCACGGUUUUAGAGUCAUGGUUUCGAUACGGUUCGGUAUUUAUGUUCAGGUGAAAAAAAAAAUAUUACUGUCAAAUCCAAAGUAAAAAUAUUCUGUUUGGUAACAGACACUUCAAGAGAUUUGCCCUCACUACAAAUCAUCAUGGUUUUACUACAGUAACCAUAGUUUAACCAUGGUAUUUGUAGUAAAAUCAUAGUAGCCACAAAAUCAACAUGGUUACUGUCAUGGUUACUAUAUGGAAACUACAGUAUUACUGUUGUAAAACUAUGGUUAAUUGUAUCAAAACUAUGAUUUCUUUCAAGAAAACCAUGGUGACAGCAAUCAUUGUUACUUCAGCUACAUGCAUCAACAUAAGUGCAUUUCAAACUCAACUCAACGUAUAUUCAACGUUCAGAAUCUGUACAUCACUAUAGAAGGAAUAAACUUGCUAUUAAAAUGAAUACGAGAAUGGAUGUCGUAACACCAACAAUCAUCCAUGCGAUUAUCUAAUCAGCCAAUCGUGUAGCAGCAGUGCAGUGCAUGAAAUCAUGCAGAUACGGGUCAGGAGCUUCAGUUAAUGUGCACAUCAACCAUCAGAAUGGGGAAAAAUGUGAUAUCGGUGAUUUGGAGCAUGGCAUGAUUGUUGGUGCCAGACGGGCUGGCAUUAGCAAGUGCAUUAGGUAUCAUGAACUAGCAAUGUUUUUCACAGCAUUUAUUAAUCUUGGUAAAUGUGACUUAAUUAAAAUUGUAUAAUUCAUUGUUUGUUCAUGUUAGUUCAAAAUGCAUUAACUAAUAUUAAUAUAUAAAAGCAAUAAGUAUAACAAGUGUAUUAUAUGUUGAUGUCAGUAGUGGCUCAUGACCACAAAUAUAGGUGGGACGGGUUUUAAAAAAAUAUUAUUUUUAACUCAUUAUUCAAACACAAACGCGCCGACACAAUAUGUGGUGUCCUCGCAUUAUUCCACCACAAGGUGGCACUCUUAGAACAUAAUGUUGAUUCUAAUAUUCUAAAUAAGAACGCUUUACCUUGAAAUGUUCAAAAUCUAAAUCAAAUGUUAUUUUAUAAUGUUAAAUGUUGUUGAAGAACCCCAGGGAGGUGAGAGAGAGAGAAACAGAACUAUCUACAUGCCAUUUACACCUUUCCACAGUACUAAAAAACUAAAUCCUUUAUAAUGAUAAUAAUGUUUUAAAUCACAGUCAAGUUUCAAGAGCCAAGCCUUCUUGACAUACAAUUUGUCAUCAUAAAAAUACACAAUGUCUUAUCACCUUCGCUUAUCUUUUGAUUGCCAACUGUUUUUUAUGCUUUGCUUGUCAGGACCACGUUUGAGCGUGAAUUUGUCGAAAAUUUGCAGCUGACUCAAUGGGUCUUAAUGAGGGUUGCUGCAGUACCAUGUUUGACCACAGAUUUCCAUUGGAAAAACAGAGGGGCGCUGUAGAGUUCAGGAGGGCAGCAGACUCUCUGCCCCACAUGCUUGUAUAUCUGUAUUAAACACUGUGUGAUGAAGCUUUCAGCUACUUUACAACUUAAAAAUAGGACAAAGAUUUAUACUAGGCCUGCUUGUAAAUACACAUGUCAGCAUUUUGAACACAUUUACGGGUAAACAAAUUACAUUGUUGGAUGUAUGUUUGCAAGUGGAUGAAUAUUUAAUAUAGAUGAGCCACUCCUGGUUGAAAUAAACAUUAACCAAGAUUAAUAACUGCUGUAAAAGUAUUGUUCAACUGUUAGUUCAUGUUAAACCUGAAGUCAUUUCUGUGCCACAGAACGGAAUUUAAAAAAGAAUGUUUUCAAAACAGCUUUCUUAGUCAAAUUAAAGGGACAGUUCACCCAAAAAUAACAAUUCUCUCAUCGUUUACUCACCCUCAUGUCAUCCCAGAUGUGUAUGACUUUCUUUCUUCAGCUGAACACAAAUGAAGAUUUUUAGAAGAAUAUUUCAGCUCUGCAAGUGAAUGGUGACCAAAACGUUGAGGCUCCAAAAAGCACAUAAAGGCAGCAUAAAAGUAAUCCAGGUGGUUAAAUCCAUGUCUUCUGAAACCAGAACAAAAUUAUUUAUGCAUUUGUUUUUUAUAUGCAUAUAAAUAUUUUUUAAAUGCAUUUUUAUUUUAUAGCUUGUAGAAGUUUUGUUUGUGAGCUAUUUAUUUUGGUUUGGGAGAGUCAAGAAGAAUGGGUGCUAACUUUGUCACCUUGAAACUUUUUUUAUUAUUUUCUGCUACAAUCACAUUUUGUAAUUAUAAUAAAAACUAUGAGUGAAUCUAAAAUAAUUCCUGUUGUAUCUUACUGACCCACUGAUGACAGUUAUAGAAACAGUUUUUUCAUGGUCAACAAAGACAAAUAAAAUGUCAAUCAGCAUAAAAUAAGUGAAAUUGUCACAUAAAGAUAAGACUAAAGCAGAUAGCAGAUGACUGUCAAGGAAACAGAGAUAAAAGGAAGCAAAAGGUAUAUUAUAUAGUAAUCGUCCUAACCUUGCACCGAUACGGCGCCCCUGCAUAUGGUUUGUCAGAGGUAAAAGCUGAGAAAUAAUGUUUAUUUCCCAAAUGAAAUGUAUUAGUGAGGUAAAAAAGACAACAGCUUUAGAGAUGUUUAGAAUUUGAGUGUGUAUGUAAUUUUCCAGUAUCUUUAUUUUAGAUUUCUUGUGCUCUCAAUACAUAUUUGAAUAUUAAAAUAAAUCAUAUAACCAUGUUUCAUUUAGCAAACAGUGUUACCUAACUCCUUAUCCUCAGUAUUGGAGUGUCAUUAUUUACAGCUGCCCUUGUCUCUCACCAUUGUUAGCAUACUGGAUG